AUGGGCCUCUCCUUCUGGGGUUCGGCCCCUGCGGCCUACCAGGAGUGGCCGGCGCCCACGGCACUUCCGGUGGAUAACUCAACAACCAUAGAGAUGAUGAAUCCAAUUGCAAAUGUCUCGCAGUUCAUCGACCAGUAUUUCCCGGUUAGCAGCCGUGCGCCGGUGGAAACAACCUGGUCGGCCGCGAUCGACUUUCACCCCACUAACAACGGCGCUGCCAAUCCCGACUCACGACCACCACUCACUACUGAGCAACACAUGGCUCCCUUUACCGACAUCUCCAUGGGCAAGCCUGCUGCCAUCAGGUUGUCGCUCUCCUCCAAUACUAUCACACCCAAUGAAACGCUCGAUCCCCAAAGACGCGUUAAGUUCGACACCACUGUGGACCAGCUUAUAAGGGUCGACAACGACACCGACCCCCAGGCCAUAACUCCGGCUCCGUCCCCUCGCGUCGACGAGGUCUCGGCCCGCUCCAGCCCCGUCAGCUCUGCCAGCUCCAUCAUCUCCAAAGGAGUUUGCGACGGCAGCCACUACAACAAGACCUUCUCUAAGAAGACGCACCUCGAUAUCCACAAGCGCACGCACACUGGAAACCGUCCUUACACUUGCCACCACGACAGCUGCACCCUGACCUUCUCUCAGCUAGGAAACCUCAAGAAGCGCAAUGUCAAGCCGCACGAAGAGACUCACGAGGGCAAGAAGCCGUUCCGCUGCCUUCUCGAGGAUUGUGACAAGACGUUUUCGCAGCUUGGCAACAUGAAGACGCACCAGAGCAACCUCCACAAGGAAGCCAUUCACAACCUAACCGCCAAGUUUGUUCAAUUCACCAAUAAUGGCUACGUCCCGGAGGAGUACCGGGCACUGUUUGACUACUUCAAGCUGCACUACAAGAACAACAACAGGGGUAUCAAGGGACGCGGCAAGGCCCGCAAGAUUGCCGGACGCGACGCCCAGGCUCCUCGCAAAGUUAAGGCGAACGCCUCCGCCACAAACAACGCCAAUAAGAAGCAGUUCCUCAAUGAGAGUCCCCAGGUUGCCAAGUAG